UGCUUCUUAGCUUCGAUCUCGACUUCACUAGCUACAACUGCGCAAGACCACGUGAACUGCUUCGAUAUCAAUCAGAGGAUAAGGGGUGCAAGGACGAUGACUGAUAAGGCUAAUGCACGAUCCGAAGAGCACCAUGCGACGACGGGUGCGCCGAGGUUGAAACUGGUGAAUCGCCUGAAUGAGAGCCGAUCUCCUUAUGUCCGCGGCCAUAUGAAUAACCCAGUUGCAUGGCAGCUAUGGGACUCGAAAGCGAUUGAACUAGCAAAAAAGCACAACCGAUUGAUCUUUGUCAGUAUCGGCUACUCCGCUUGUCAUUGGUGUCAUGUCAUGGAGAAGGAAUCAUUCAUGUCGACAGAAGUCGCAACCAUCCUGAACGAAUCAUUCAUUCCGAUCAAAGUGGAUAGAGAAGAACGACCGGACAUUGACGAUGUUUAUAUGAAUUACGUACAAGCCACAACUGGCUCAGGCGGCUGGCCACUAAACGUCUUCCUCACACCAGAUCUCGAACCUGUAUUUGGAGGAACAUACUGGCCGGGCCCGCAUUCAAGCUCGCAAUCACAAUGGGGAGUUGAAGGUCCCAUUGGAUUUGUUGAUAUUUUGGAAAAGCUGCGCGAUGUCUGGCAGACGCAACAAGCCCGGUGCUUAGAUAGUGCGAAAGAAAUUACUAAACAACUGCGCGAGUUUGCAGAAGAAGGGACACAUGUACAGCAGGGAGCUAAAAGUGGUGGUGAAGAUUUGGAAAUUGAACUUAUCGAGGAAGCUUUUCAGCAUUUUGCGUCUCGAUAUGAUCCUGUCUAUGGUGGAUUUGGUCGAGCGCCCAAGUUUCCUACGCCGGCCAAUCUCGGUUUCUUAAUUCGACUUGGGAUGUAUCCCACUGCGGUAUCGGAUAUUGUCGGUCAAGAUGAGUGUGUACGGGCAACAGCAAUGGCAACCAAGACCUUGCUAAAUAUUGCUCGAGGUGGUAUUCGCGACCAUAUCGGACAUGGAGUGGCACGAUAUAGCGUAACGACCGAUUGGCUCUUACCCCAUUUCGAAAAGAUGCUUUACGACCAAGCUCAGCUACUAGAUGUCUAUGUGGACGCUUUCCGGGCAACGCAUGAACCGGAGCUUUUGGGGGCUGUCUACGAUCUUGUGAGUUACCUGACCAGUGAGCCAAUACAAGCUUCGACUGGUGGGUAUUAUUCCUCCGAAGAUGCCGACAGUUUACCUUCUCCGAAUGAUACAGAGAAACGUGAGGGCGCAUUUUAUGUCUGGACGUUGAAGGAACUCAAACAAGUCCUCGGGCAAAGGGACGCCGGGGUAUGUGCGCGACACUGGGGCGUUUUGGCAGAUGGCAACAUUGCACCUGAAAAUGACCCUCACGAUGAAUUCAUGGACCAGAACGUACUUUCUAUCAAAGUCACGCCGAGCAAACUCGCAAAAGAAUUUGGAUUGAGUGAAGAGGAAGUCAUCAAAAUCAUCAAAUCGGGAAAACAGAAGUUGCGAGAAUAUCGAGAAAAAGCCCGUGUACGACCCGAUCUAGACGACAAGAUUAUCGCCGCAUGGAACGGACUGGCCAUUGGUGCACUAGCCAAAGCUAGUAUCUUACUCGAAGAAAUCGACACAAUCAAAGCACAACAAUGCAGAGAUUCAGCCCAAAGGGCAGUUGAGUUUAUCAAAACCACUCUCUUUGAACCGUCAACCGGUCAGCUUUGGCGCAUCUAUCGUGACGGUAGUCGCGGAAACACUCCGGGGUUUGCAGAUGACUAUGCAUUUUUGAUAUCUGGAUUGAUUACAAUGUACGAAGCGACGUUUGACGAUAGUUAUCUCCAAUUCGCAGAACAGCUACAAGAACAUCUGAAUAAAUACUUCAUCGCCCCGGGCGACGAACCCGAUACAUACGCCGGGUACUACACCACAUCCUCCGAACCCAUCCCCGACGAACCAGGUCCAUUACUCCGACUCAAAAGCGGCACUGACUCCGCAACACCAUCUAUCAACGGCAUAAUCGCUCGGAAUCUAGUUCGCCUGGGUUCAUUACUAGAAGAUGAUACCUACCGACAACUAGCGCGCCAGACCUGUAGUACAUUUUCAGUAGAAUUAAUGCAACAUCCGUUCCUGUAUGUGAAUCUCCUCGAUGCGAUGGUUGGACUGGAGCUAGGAGUACGAAACAUCACCGGUGUCCUGGGGACGGCUAUCGUACCUACAACGAUCCAGAAAGAUGAGACACCCGCCGCAGCGGAGGUUAUUCGUGACCGUGUCCGCGCAGAAGCUGGAUACGCGACAUCGACAUCUGUAACGACUGUGUCUGUAAUCGAUAUCCGCUGCUCAUCAUCAUCAUCAUCAUCAUCAUCAUCGACGACAAAAUCGACGAUAAAAUCUACAUGGCUCCAGACACGAAAUCCGUUAUUCAAAGAUGUCAAACCUGGGACUCCGCCGAGGAAUUAUUUACUUGUUUGUGAGAUGGGGAGUUGUCGGGUUGUUGAUAUUUAAACGAGACGUGUACUGUUAUCAUUUGGUUGGAUAUGUUUGGGUUAUUCUGUGUGUUCGAGCUAUUUAGGGUGUUAUUAUAUGGA